CGAGCUUCACCAUGGCAUCUGCAAAAUUGUUUCUUCUGCUAGCCGUUGUGGCUGCACUUUCCGCGUCUACCUCAGCUGGUCUCCUGGAUUACAUAUUCCCAAAAAUCAUGUCAGAAUAUUAUGAACAACAACCUACCAAAGAAGGAUAUCGCUUUAAUUUGGAAGAACCAAAUGGCAGCAAACGUGAAGAAAUUGGUGUGAUCAUGAAUCCUGGUACAGAUAAAGAAGAACUCGUUGUUAUGGGUACUUAUUCCGUGUAUGAUGAAAAGACUGAUACCGAAACAAUGACCAUGUACACUGCCGAUAAAGAUGGUUACAAGGCACGCUAUCAGAUUAAGAAUCGUAAACUCAGUUCUACUGCUUUGAAAACUAGUGCCGGUUAAAUUUUAACCCUCUUCAGUAGAUUGUAAUUAUGUUCUCGAAAGAUUUUUUUAAUUUUUGGUAAAAAUUUUUAUUUAUUUUUUUA